AUGGUUGCUGAAUAUGAAAUGUACACGGAUGACCUAGCGAGCAUGCCACCACCUGGCAAUGAAGCAAUAGACAUCAGCCAUGAGGGUGGUGAACAUAAAGCUUAUGAUGACCUGGCAAAGCAGAUAGCGGAGCUCAGUGAAUACUCUUAUGUUGAUCCACGUACCCGUAAUGAUCGACUUGAAGUUCAAAACAAAAACUGGGAAGCACAGUUUGAUCGCUUGACUUCUGCCUACCUAGAUUAUUACUCACACUGUUCGGACAGCAGUUUGCCAGCCAUCUCUGUAUAUGCACCUGAUUUGUCGGAGGGGAAAGACUGUCCAUCUUUGCAGAAUAUUGAGUUGGUGGAUUUAUUCAGUCGACGGCAGGAAUCUUUAAAACCUAAUCCAUCCCAUAAAUAUCCAAAUGAAACCCUGAUAUUCUAUGUGUAA